AUGGCUGACUCAACUACAGCCCUGCCCGACGUAGAUCCUGUCGCGCUCGCCGAUUUUCACGAGACUCUCAAGAAGUCAAAGCGCAUCGUUGCCGUCAUCGGCGCAGGUCUUUCAGUAUCUUCAGGCCUAGCCACCUUCAGAGGGGUCAACGGACUGUGGAGGAAUCAGGACAUAACGCAGGUCGCUUCGCCCGCAGGCUUCCGUCACGACCCGGGCCUCGUCUGGCAAUUCUACACGUAUCGCCGGCACGACGCCCUUCGUGCCAAGCCGAACCCCGCUCACUAUGCCCUGGCCGAGCUCGCGCGGAAAUUACCUGGUUUCGUCGCGCUGACGCAGAAUGUCGAUAACCUGAGCCCUCGGGCUCGUCAUCCACCCAGCCAGCUGAAGGAGCUCCACGGCAACCUUUUCGCGUUGUCUUGCGUCGAUAUCAUCGGGUGCGGGUACACCAAGCACGACAACUUUGAGGAACCUCUAUCACCGGCACUCGAUCCCUCAAAAGACGAGGAGAGCACCAUCGGCAGCAUUGAUCCUGACAACAAGCCUCGUGCCAGCCCGGUUCUCUUGGCCGGUAUCGCCCGAAAACACGCGCAGAUCCUCGGGGACAAGUAUGAGGGGAACAAACCAACCACGCGGGAUCUGACCGCUUUGAAAGGCCCGGACGAACCGGCGCCCUCAAAUCCCAUCGCUGGUGUUCGGCUGUCAUCGGGAUUGGAGGAAAAGGACCUGCCACAAUGCCCCAAGUGCAAGAAGAGCAUCCUCCGCCCCGCCGUCGUCUGGUUCGGCGAGCCACUUCCGGUUGAGGUUGUCGAGGAGGCUCAGGCGCUUUUCGAUGAUCCCGAGCCCAUCGACCUCUUCCUAACGAUUGGGACUACCAGCAAGGUCUGGCCGGCUGCUGGGUAUGCCGAGAUGGCUCGCAAAAAGGGUGCGAGAGUUGCGGUCAUCAACACGCGAGCUGAGGACGCUAGACAUAUUCGGCCGGAUAAGGACUGGGUGUUUGUAGGGGAUGCGGCAGUUGUCCUGCCAGAGUUACUGAAGCCAGUUAUUUAUGUAGAGAUUAUAUCCAUAGAGCGUCCAUGCCAGCGCAUGUAA